AUGGGGCUGCUGGCAACAUGCAGCACCAGCCAGGAAAAGCUGCAGGCACCAGGGCAGCUCAAUGGGCUGCAGCUGGCGGAGCUUCUGUACCCUUUUGACAGUUAUGUACAACCUACUUCUGUUGAACAGAAGAAAGGGAAAUUCCCAAUCUGGCCAGAGUGGAGUGAAGCUGACAUAAAUGCAGAAAAGUGGGAUGCAGGCAAAGGUGGAAAAGAAAAGGACAAAACAGGGAAAAGCCCUGUGUUUACUCCUGUAGUUGUGAAGGAUGAAAUCACAUUUGACUUGUUUUCAGCAAAUGAACAUUUACUCUGCAGUGAGCUGAUGAGAUGGAUUAUCAGUGAAAUCUAUGCAGUGUGGAAGAUAUUCAAUGGAGGAAUUUUGAGCAAUUAUUUUAAAGGGACUUCAGGGGAACCUCCACUUCUCCCCUGGAAGCCGUGGGAACACAUAUACUCUCUGUGCAAGGCUGUGAAGGGUCAUGUGCCUUUGUUCAAUAGCUAUGGAAAGUAUGUUGUGAAACUUUACUGGAUGGGUUGCUGGAGAAAGAUAACUAUUGAUGACUUUCUGCCAUUUGAUGAGGAUAACAACCUAUUACUUCCAGCUACAACCUAUGAAUUUGAACUCUGGCCAAUGCUUUUGUCUAAAGCUAUCAUUAAACUGGCAAAUGUUGAUAUCCACAUAGCACAGAGGAGAGAGCUGGGAGAGUUCACGGUUAUUCAUGCACUCACAGGGUGGUUACCGGAAGUCAUUUCUCUUCACCCAGGAUAUAUGGACAAGGUUUGGGAGCUCUUAAAAGAAAUAUUGCCAGAAUUUAAGGUGUCAGAUGAGAACAACUCUGAAAGCAAAAUAGCAGCGAUAGAUACCAAGUUAAAAGAACCAGGAAAAGAAGGGAAAGAUGGCAAAGAAGGGAAGGAUGGAAAAGAAGUGAAAGACGGGAAGGAAUUCAAACCUGAGGGUUCCUCGACGACACUAAAACUUCCUGAGAAGACUGACAAACCUCCAAAGGAGAAAGCAGAUGCAAAAGACAUUGGAAAGAAGAGGAGUAAAGAAGGAGAAAAGGAGAAGGAAAAAUUCAAAUUUUCACUUCAUGGUUCAAGACCCUCAUCAGAUGUACAAUAUUCUGUGCAGUCCCUAUCAGAUUGUUCUUCAGCAAUACAGUCCCCUCAUAUGGUUGUAUAUGCUACCUUUACACCUCUCUAUUUGUUUGAAAACAAGAUCUUUUCAUUAGCGAAGAUGGAAAUCGAACUGCUGAGAAGCCAGCAAAGUGAAGACAAGGUAGCCCAGAGAUCAGCCAAGCAGAAAGCUGUUUUUACCCCUGGAGCUGGUGGGACAAGGGGAGGAGGUGGUGUGAAGAGUCCGGAGACCAGGGCCAUCCCGUGGAGACUGGAACCAGAGUCAAGUCGGGGGCUGCCCGGUGGGGGCUGGGUCGGUGAAGGGAGGAGCCGGCUGCUGGGUGUUGUGGUCACGGAGGAGAUGCAGUUCUCAUGCAACUCUGAAAGAUUUUUAAAAAUGUACAUCACGCUUCCCAUCUCCUACUUCAUAGAUUUAAUAAUAAAGAAGCCUGACCAGUUUCUUGAGAUUUCAAGUCCAUUUUUGAAUUACAGAAUGACUCCAUUUACAAUUCCAAAAGAAACGCAUAAUGUGCGAUCUUUUAUUAAGAAAGGGAUGACUCCACAAUCUGGUUUAUCUUCCCUCACUGAAAAUGAUGAAACUGCAACCUUUAGCCAGCCAGACUUGUGUCAAAUAACGGGAGGUAUAUGUCAGGGUAAUACUACUUCAGUUAUACCUGCAAAAGGUAAAGAUGAACAAAUAGACUCUGGAUUGAGUGACUUCCAUCAAACUGAUGGAUUUAGCUUGGAAAGAGAUUUGGUCAGCCCAACAGCAACACAGGAAAAAUCACAGGAAGAACUUGCAAUAAUCAAUAACGGUAUUUCUAAGGAAAUAUGGGUAGAUUUUGAAGACUUCUGUGUAUGCUUUCAGAAUAUAUAUAUUUUCCACAAGCCAAGUUCAUACUGCCUUAACUUUCAAAAAACAGAAUUUAAGUUCUCAGAAGAACGUGUGCUCUACCAUCUAUUUGUGGAUAGUCUAAAACCUAUCGAGCUCUUUGUUUGCUUUUCUGCAUUGGUACGCUGGGGUGAGUCUGGAGCCUUGACCAAAGAUAGCCCUGCUGUAGAGCCUGGCCUCCUAAUAGCUGAGACGUUUUCUUGGAAAUCUCUCAAGUCCCGCAAUCUUGUUCUGAAGAUACAUACAUAUGCUACCAAGGCUACAAUGGUUCGCCUUCCUGUUGGCAGGCACAUGCUGCUCUUCACUGCUUAUUCCCCAGUGGGACAUUCCAUACACAUCUGCAGCAUGGUGACUUUUGUCAUUGGGGAUGAAGAUGUCGUGCUGCCCUACUUUGAGCCGGAGAGCUACCGAUUUACAGAGCAGGCUCUGACAAUUCUGAAAGCUGUUGGGAAUGUGAUUGCUUAUUUCAAAGACAAAGGUAAACUUUCUGCAGCUCUGAAGGAUCUGCAAACAGCUCACUACCCUGUCCCCUUCCACAAUAAAGAAUUAACAGCACAGCACUUCAGGGUUUUUCAUAUUUCUUUAUGGCGUUUAAUGAAAAAAGUUCAAAUAACAAAACCUCCUUCAAACUUCAAAUUUGCAUUCCGUUCUAUGGUUUUGGACGUGGAGUUACUUGAUUCCUCCUUAGAGGAGGUGUCUUUAGUGGAAUGGGUAGACGUUAAAUAUUCUUCACCAGCAAGUGAGAAAGAGUAUUCUCCUGAGGAAGUCACAGCAGCAAUUAAAAUUCAAGCCAUGUGGAAAGGGACUUAUGUUAGAUUACUUAUGAAAGCCAGAAUACCAGACACAAAAGAAAAUAUCAGUGUUGCAGAUACUCUUCAAAAAGUUUGGGCUAUGUUGGAACUGAAUAUAGAACAAUAUGCACUUUCUCUCUUAAGACUAAUGUUUAAAAGCAAGUGCAAAUCUAUGGAAUCUUAUCCAUGCUAUCAAGAUGAAGAAACUAAGAUUGCUUUUGCUGACUAUUCUGGGACCUAUCAAGAUCAGCCACCAAAUUCUUGGUUCAUAGUAUUCAGAGAAACAUUUUUGGUUAUUCAAGAUAUGAUUUUGGUUCCCAAAGUAUAUACUACACUUCCAGUGUGUAUGCUGCACGUUAUUAAUAAUGAUACCAUGGAACAGGUGCCAAAGGUGUUCCAAAAAGUGGUGCCUUAUCUUUAUACAAAGAAUAAGAAGGGAUACACAUUUGUGGCCGAAGCAUUUACUGGUGACAUGUAUGUGUCAGCUUCACGAUGGAAACUGCGCCUCAUUGGUCCUUACACUCCACUGCCAUGCCUCUCUCGAGAUGCUCCAUGGAAUAACUUUGCCAUAAAGGAAAUAAGAGAUUACUACAUACCUAAUGAUAAGAAAAUUGUAUUCAGGUAUUCAGUUAAAGUUGCAUUACCACAUCCUGUUACAAUACAGGUACGCACAUCCAGACCAGAUGCAUUCAUCAAACUGCAGGUCCUAGAAAAUGAAGAAAUCAUGGUGAGCUCCAUUGGAAAAGGCCAAGCUCUAAUCCCGGUAUUUAACUUCUUGGGGAAUGAAAAGGCUUUGAGCUCCCAGUCUAGCAAGCAAGUUCUAUCUCAUGCUGCAUCUAAGAAAGAGCAAGAAGUGUAUAGUAAGAAGAAAUUUACCCAGGGAAGUCAGAAAUACAAUAGAGGUAAACCUGGAAGUUCAGUACAAGACACUGGUCUAUCUCUUUUGGAGGAGGAAACUGUCAGUGUGCCUACUACUAUAGAAGAAAGUUCUAGCAUGCCACAGCAG